GAGGGGAACCACGUCCGCAUCUCGGGCCAAGACGUCGAGCGCGGCACCUUCUCGCACCGGCACUGCGUCAUCCACGACCAAAAGGAGUGGGGCACCAAGUACUGCGCGCUCAACAACAUCGACCCCGGCCAGGCACUCCCCUACCCCACCGUCCCCGAACCCGCUCCCGAACACACUCCCCCACGGUGCGCCUUCCCCGGCGCGUGCAGCCCCUCGCCGUCGGCGGCCUUCAUGGCGUGCAACUCCUCCCUCUCCGAGUUCGGCGUGCUCGGCUUCGAGCUGGGGUACGCGCUCGAGAACCCGGCGUCCCUGAUCAUGUGGGAGGCGCAGUUUGGCGACUUCGCAAACACGGCGCAAUCUCCCCACAUCUCCCCACAUCUCCCCAUAUCUCCCCGCACCUCGCCGUCGUGUUUGCACG